AUGGCCGCUAUGCAGAAAUUGGGGGUGGCGAACUUGAACGCGGGAAGCGGCUUAGGUCUGUCCAAAACUGAUGAAGAUGUGCCCGACCAGUUUCCUGCCGGGCUCAGGGUCCUGGUUGUGGACGAUGAUAUGACAUGCCUCAAGAUACUGGAUCAGAUGCUUCGGAAGUGCGACUAUAACGGUGAGUUCCAAGAUGCUUUUCUAAGAAAGUCUAACCUGAUUAGUGGAUUGAACUUAUUUUUCAACUGGGUACUGUUUGAGAGGCUUAUCUUCACAUGAAUGAGUGUUUAAUCAGUGAAAUAGUCAGCCAUCUAGUCUAGUAUUUAACUCACUGAUCCUGCUAAUGGCCUGUUCUUUCAGGAUUUUUUUUAUUGCUCAAUCUUCUGUUUGGAAAAAUAAACUUAAAUACGAUACAUUCUGCUUUUAGUGGGAGCUUAGUUGGACAUAGUCAAGCAGAUUAUGAAUAGUGAUGCAUAAGAGAUUCUUCUAAAUCCAAGAGUGCUGCAGUUUCUAAUAGCUAGCCAUAUAAUACUCAUUUGCUGAUUCAUAUCAACCCACGCCCCUCCACAUGGAGAUCUAUGGGCUCAUAUUUUACAAAAUCGUUAUAAUUGGUCUAACUUUUUUCUGCUGGUAUAGUUCGUAGUAGUUGUCGUGAUAAUCAGUCCCCCCAUCGUGUCUAACUUUGUUCGCUCAUCUUAUGGUUCGUCCUAGUACGUUUUUCCGUUUCAUUAAUUGAUUGAUUGAUCAUUUGAAUCACUACUUAUUCAAAUCCAUGGCUCAAUUUUUAUUUUUAGUGGGCCAUUGAUUAAGUGGAUAGAAUUUUUUUGACUAUGGAUAAAUAAGGACAAAAAAAUUUGUGGAUAGUGACAAAAUUUGGGUGGAAAUCAACGUUUCAACUCCAGUUUGAAUUUUUUAAAAUAAAAUGAAAAAUUAUAGCAAAAUAUGAGAUUGCGUGCAACUUACGUAAUAUAACCUUAAAUAGAAUAUUGACAUGGCCUUUUUAAGGUUAUUUAGGCUGCUGAUAAGGCGAUUUUUUUUGGAUCCAACAUUAUGUAUAGCCACAUAGAACACCCGCAAACCCACCAGUGGUGUUUGGUCGGUAAGUUUCUCUUGUAAGCUUGCCAGGACCGAUUUAUUGUGUUCUCUUUGUCCUGCAUGAUACCUUCAGGGAUAACUCGCGACUUCAGGCAUAUCACUAAAAACGUAUCAUUAGUAACGUUUGCCUUCUCCUAAAAAUUACAUAUGAUGUGUUGGUGGGUUCAUACAGUGGGUAACGAUCAUGUGAGAAUAUGCCAUUAGCUUCGUAAGUAAGCAGGAGGUUCAAUGCAUGCGGAAUUGAUGAAGGGUCAGUGGUUAAUUUCCCUUAGUUGGUCCUCAUAGACCAAUCUUUUACUAGUCUGGUUGCCUUUUUGUAUCAAACACCGCAUUCAAAGACGUCACCAAUCUGUAACUGGAUCAGUUCCGGCCACUGCAUGAAUCGCUGAACAUGAUGUUUGUGUUUGGCCAUCAUUUAAUGGAUGGAAUUCCUGACCAACCAUAAGUGUGUUUGCACGUAUGGCUCACAUUCUCCUGUUCAUGCAAUGCAUCCAGUUGGACAUGAAACAUAUAUCUGCAUAUAUGUAGAUACAAAUUUAUUAAUCAUUUAUAAUAUGUAAAAAUAAUUUAUAAAUAGUAUUUAAUAGAUGACUGCAAUCAGCUGCUUAGAAAAUUAGUCUAUUUGAAAUGAUAUUUGUACCACAUAAAAUGAUAUUUUAUAACAGUUAAUUUUACGUAGACAUAAGUAAAUAUUUUCAGUAUAUUAUGAUAUUAUAUUUAUCCAUCAAAAAAGGCUUUUAGGUGUCAUAACUUCUAUGUUGGUGCUGUGUCUAUUGUAUCUCUUUAAUUUUGAGGGAUUAUUCUUCAAAUAAGUUAGAUAGUUCUUGCAGUUUAGAAUUCUGCUUUUUAUUCUCAUGUGGCACAUAGUGUCACAAUUUUUUUUGCCAUUUCAUUAUUGACGUGGCUUCUGAAUCUUCUACUUCAUUCUUAGUGCUUUCUCCAAUAUGGUAAUUUGGUGAAUUUAUUCAUAGGAACUGAUCCUUAGCAUCAUUGAACUUUCCAAGAUCCGAGAUAUUUACAAUCUUGCACUUAAACGUAGUAGAGGUGGCUAAGAAAUCUUCCUGCCUGAAACUGUUUUUCUAUAGCGGGAAUAUGGCUCCUUGUUUGCCCUGUUUUUCUUAGAAGGCAUUGUCUCAAGUGUUCACACUUAAUUAUGGUGUUCAGAAAAUUUGCCUUCUGUUUUUUUUUUUUCAUCGUCACACGAAAGUCUGUUUGAUAUCUCAAGCGGACACCUAUCUAUAGCGUUCACACUAGCAGGGCUGGUUCUUCAUUUAUCUAUAGCGGACACCUAUCUUAAUUAUGGUGUUCACACUUAUCUGCUGACAAUCCAUGAGCGUUAAAAAGAUCACCAAGUGGUUUUCUAGGAGUACAAAAAAAGUGGUCCCCCUUGAGUUACUAAAUUUCACAGUUUUGUCUUCGAGAAGGAACAUUUAUGCGAACUUCAAUAAGUGAGUGUUAGUCGUCAAUAUCUUUGAUAAGUGAGUGUUAUUCAAUCUGUUACAGUUGGAGUUACCUUAUUGAAUCCUCCAUUCAGAUAUUUUAGUUUUUCCUGAAAUAACCAAUGGCGGAUUAAAAACUGUUAAAUAUCUGAAAGGGCCUUUGAGGCCUUGUUUCAAGUAAACCUUCGCCUAAAGGUUUGAUCUGCUGUGCAAAGCUUUCCAUAUUACAUGCCUUUGACUUGGUGUUUUUCAUGGAUUACAGUUACCGUCUGCCCUCGUGCAACAAGUGCAUUGUCGAUUCUUCGGGAGAGAAAGAGUAGUUUUGAUUUGGUAAUUAGUGAUGUUCACAUGCCUGAUAUGGAUGGGUUCAAACUCCUGGAACUUGUUGGUCUCGAAAUGGAUCUUCCUGUCAUAAGUGAGUAGUUAUGGUUAUCUUUUCCACUGUAAACUUUUAUAAGCUCUUCAUCAUAUACAAUGUGAAUUUUAAUGUUGUUUAUCUGGAUUCCAGUGAUGUCUGCUGACAAGAGAACGGAAAUGGUAAUGAAAGGGAUCAAACAUGGUGCAUGUGAUUACUUGAUAAAGCCUGUCCGUUUUGAAGAAUUAAAGAACAUCUGGCAACAUGUAGUUAGGAAGAAAUGGAAUGAAAACAAAGACCACGAGCAAUCAGGUAGUGUAGAGGAUUCUGACAAACACAGACGAGGGACAGAUGAUGCUGAGUACACUUCAUCGGUUAAUGAUGCAAAUGAUAGUAAUUGGAAAUCUCAGAAGAAGAAAAGGGACGCUAAAGAAGAGGAAGAUGAUGGUGAACUCGAAAACGAUGACCCUUCCUCAUCAAAAAAACCCCGUGUGGUUUGGUCUGUCGAGCUCCAUCAGCAGUUUGUCAAUGCUGUAAAUCAACUCGGAAUCGACAGUAAGAACUUGCUCCUGCUGGGUUUGAAAAAACAUGACCAGUUUAGUCUAUGCAUAAUUUGAAUUCUCCCGGUUAAUGGGUCUUGAAUAUGCUUGGUUGCAGAGGCCGUUCCCAAGAGAAUUCUCGAACUAAUGAAUGUUCCGGGGCUAACAAGAGAGAAUGUUGCAAGCCAUUUACAGGUUUGUUCUAUUUUACAGAUCUUACGCUAUGGCUGUGAUCUUUUAUUUCAUUAUCAUAUAUGGUUAACCAUAUUUCUUACAUGCCCUGCGCAUUUUCUGGUUCGUUGAAGAAAGAUGUAUGGAUGAUUCUGGAACGGUGCAUACUGACUUUCGUUGUGUAACAGGCUCACUGUGCUAUAGGAAGGGUUCUGUUCUAGUACAAAAUUUUCACCCCAUAACAGCAGAUGAAUUGUUGUCCACUGAAAGAGUACCUUCCCAAAAAUACUCAUGUCCAAGAAGCAUCUUAUCCCAAAUGGAAAAUAUUCUUGCUUAAGCAGGUUAAAGAUGACGUGCCUUAAUUAGAUACCAUGCAGCUAGUUGCCACCUAUGCCAACAUGCCUUAUCCAUCACGGAGUUCAGAAAACUGAUGGAAAUUAUCUAUAUAUAUCCUAUACGCUUGAUUUUGAUUAUUCUGCCAUGUCUGUGUUUCAACUAUAUUUGAAGAUGAACUACUUUGAUUCCAAUCUUGCGCACAUUUGUUUUCGUGUUAUCCGUAGGAAGCUGACACUCUGUAGACCGGCUCUGGCUCCUGUUGCCCACCGAAUCUAAUCUCUGCCGCUUUCAAUCUUCUCAAAUGUGCAGAAAUUCAGAUUGUAUCUGAAACGGCUUAGUGGGGUAGCCCAACAUCAGGGUGCACUCCACAACUCCAUGUGCGGGCCUGUUGACUCGGGGACCAAAGUGGGCCCUCUCAGCAGGCUCGACAUCCAGUCUCUUGCUGCCUCCGGUCAGAUCCCCCCGCAGACACUUGCCGCCCUGCAUGCGGAGUUGCUCGGCCGACCGUCUACUGGCAUGGUCCUGCCGGGUUUGGAGCAGCCGGUCAUUCUCCAGCCGUCCCUUCAAGGUCCCAAGUGCAUUCCCGUUGACCACCGAGAGGUGACCUUCGGCAAGCCUCUGAUGAAGUGUCCGUCCGGCAUGUCAAAGCACUUCCAGCCAGCCGGUAUCGCCGUCGAGGACAUGUCCCCCUCUGGAUUCGGGAGCUGGGUUCCCAGCCACCUCUCCUCGGUGGGGAAUCCUAGCAUCAGCGGGCUGAGUGGCCCUCAGAAUGGUAACAUGCUCGUUCAGAUGCUGCAGCAGCAGCAGCAGCAGCAGCAGCAACAGCCAUCGCCGCUGCCUCUGCCGAGCCUGGUAGAGGCCAGCCAUCUCCCCAUGAACGUCCAGUCUUCCUGCCUGGUCUCCCCAUCGCCGCCUCCCACCGGCUUCCAGAUCGGGAACAACCCCUUCUCCAUCAGUCAGAAUGCUGCAGUGCUGCUCCGCUCCCAGUUGUCGAAGGGGCUCCAGGCAGGGGGCGCCGCCACUAUCUGCCAGACCCAUCCCGUCUACGGCGCCCCUGCCAUGGAUCACAUGCUUCUCCCCCAUUCGAACACCUUGCCGUUGGGCGUCGGGCAAGUGGUGGCGGAGGGAGACCUGAAGAACGCCGUCAUGCAGAGUGGGUACUUUCAUGGUAGCCCGGUUCCUCCCGCAGCUGUGGCCGCCGGCGCAUCGCCCUGUGACGGGUGGAGAGGCUCGGCUCUGAGCAUGAAUCCCGCCAGCCGGCUGGCUGGGUUCGUCCCCAACUUGGGCGACGCUCAUGGCUCCGCCCGAUCGACAGCGGCACUCGGCGGCGCCGCUGAGUUGCAGGGGAGGAAUCUGGGUUUCGUCGGCAAGGACACCUGCAUCAUCCCCAGCAGAUUCGCCGUGGACGACGUCGAAACCCCGCCACCGGAGGCGCUGAACCAGAACAAGGUUGGCGGCGCUGACGACACCGGCAGGGCCCAGCAGGAGAUCCACCUGGGCUUCAUGGAGUCUCCCAAGGUGGGCAACCCGGGGCUGCCGCAUUUCUCCCCUGGCGACGUCAUGAGCGUGCUCUCCAAGUAG